UGGUUUCAAAAGCUUGAGAAACACAUGGAAAUGGAAGGAACAUAAAUAUUCUGUGUUAAACUUUGUAGCCUCAUUCACUGCUAAUCAUCACAAACCCAAGAACUCGAACCAAAACUCAGGGGAGGAUUACAGAUUACUCCUCCUCUAAUGGAUUUCUCAGAACAAGAGUUAGAAAUCUUCGGAGAAGACGUAGAAGAAGAAGAAGAAGACCCUGACAAAGAUACCCAACACCAGGGGAACCGAUCCUCUUCACCUUCUUCACCGUCAUCGUCAUCCUCCUCUUCCUCUUCAUCUUCAGCGGCUUCUUCGUCUUCUAACGCUACCGACGGAGGUGAGAGCAGUAGCGCCGCUAGCGGAAGCGCCAGCAGUGGCGGAGGAGGUGACGGUGAAGAGGAGAAUGGCGAAGAGGCUGAUAACCGUAGUAGUAGGGCAUACUUUGGGGAUGAAGAUAAGGAUCUGUUUGGGUCUGAUAAUGAAGAGUAUAUCAAAACCCCUGCCAUUAGUGCUUUCUCAAUUCCUGUACUGCCGCCUUUGAUACGUAAUACAAACACAAACAAUAACAACAACAGCAACAACAACCACCACCACCACCAGGGUGGUAGAGGGGGUUUCGGUCGCGGUCGAUGGCAAGCUGGACAUCAUAAUGAUAGAGGAGCUGGCAUACUGCCCCGACCUGGGCCUUAUCCUCAUAGACAGAACUUUGGUUACGGUCCCAAAUUCUCCAAUGGUCGUAACGAUGAACGCUUUGUUUCGGAUCUGAAGCUUUCAAAAAGUGAAGAAACACUAUCAAGAAAAUGUAUCACUUUUCAAGAACCAUGUGAACUUGCCAACUAUAGUCGCGUUGAAGGUGGAGAGGUUUUCUUUGAUGAUCGCAGCUUGAGGCUUUUCAAGCGGCUUAUUUCCGAAGACAUUGGAGCUGAUCUUAAUGAUGGUUUUGAUACUUUUAUUGAGAAAAAAGAUUUGGGAUCUCAAGGCUUUGGUGACCUUCUUGGCUGCAUACGAGACAAAAGUAUACCACUCCAAAACAUUCAUUUUGUGACAUACCGUAACAACCUUAAUAAGAUAAUGGCUACUGCCUAUAUUCGGCAUGAGCCUUGGGAAAUGGGAGUGCACAAAAGGAAUGGAGUUGUAUAUCUUGAUGUUCAUAAACUUCCAGAAAGGCCACAAAGUGAUUUUGAACGUCGAAGAUGUUAUUGGGGAUAUUGUUUUGAGAGCCUUGCCACUGAAGAUCCAAGACGAACCGAUGGAGAAGGAAUUCAUCAUGUCGAUGCCAAUGUCGAAUAUUGUUCUGUGAUUAAAACAAAGUUAGGGGCUCAUCGAAUUUUGAUGGGUGCUGAAAUGGAUUGCUGUGAUUCAACUGAUGAUGGAAGAAGGUUUUAUGUGGAGCUAAAGACAAAUCGUGAGUUGGAUUAUCAAACUGAGGAAAGAUAUGAGAGAGAAAAACUUUUGAAAGUCUGGAUUCAAUCAUUUUUAGCUGGAGUCCCUUAUAUUGUCAUUGGAUUUAGAGACGACAGAGGCAAACUUGUCCGCACAGAGAGACUUAGAACCAAAGACAUAACACAGCGAGUGAAAAUGAAGAACUACUGGCAGGGAGGAGUAUGCCUAGCAUUUGCCGACGAGGUGCUGUGCUGGCUCUAUGGAACAGUUAAAGAAAAUGAAGAUUACAUAUUACAAUUUGCUCAUCCUUUCACCCGUUUAGAGCUUCUUCAAGCUCAAUCUUGCCCUGAAGAGAUCACUAACCAUGUUGCACAAUUGUAGAGUAGUGGCUCUCAUACUUUUCUUUUUAUACCUCAAAUUGAUUAUGGAUAAGAGGGGUUUUUGGUUAUUUAAUUUAAACCCCCUUUCUUUUAUUUUCAUAAAAAAUUCUAUAGCUAAUAGCACCACUUUUAAUUAGGUGAUCGAUCUUAUCGAAUAAUGGAAAUUUAUAUUGUAAUUUCUUUUUUAGAGUACUCUACUUCUUUUUCAAUAAAAUGAUGAAGAAAAUAGUAUAGGAUUAAUAGACAAAAAUGUCAAUGCCCACAAAUGGAGAAUGUUAUUAGUUCAAGAUUAACUCUCAAUGCUCUUUACAAAUUUAUUUGUUUAUUUAUUAAAUGGACUUAACAAAUUCAUUUGAAUGUUAAUGUAAUUGGCAUGUAAUACGGUUGUACUUGUGUGAUUUUAAUUUUCGUUUCAUUUGUAUAUUUUUUUAAACUAUUAAAUGAAUCAUUCUUAAUUAAUUAAAUUGUUGGUGUA